GAGCGGCCAGCCACUCGCUUUCUUCGCAACCACGUCUCCUCCCUCCCCCGCCGCCCCUCCCCUCCUCCUCCCCUAAAAUCCCCACGCCAAAUCCACCCGGCCCAAACCCUAGCCCAACCCCGCUCCCCCUCCCUCCCUUCCCAUCCUCCUCCUCCCCCCACGCUUCCUUCGCCGCUAAGCAUAUCCCUCCCCCCGCCUGGAUCUCGACGAGGAUGACGGUGAUGGAGCUCAAGGCGCUGCCGCUGGGCUUCCGCUUCCACCCCACCGACGAGGAGCUCGUCCGCCACUACCUCAAGGGCAAGAUCACCGGCCAGAUCAAUUCCGAGGUCGAGGUCAUCCCCGAGAUCGACGUCUGCAAGUGCGAGCCGUGGGACCUCCCAGAUAAAUCGCUGAUCCGGUCGGAUGAUCCCGAGUGGUUCUUCUUCGCGCCCAAGGACCGCAAGUACCCCAACGGGAGCAGGUCGAAUAGGGCCACCGAAGCUGGAUACUGGAAGGCCACAGGCAAGGACAGGAUCAUCAAGUCCAAGGGUGACAAGCGCAAGCAGCACAUCAUUGGCAUGAAGAAGACCCUUGUGUUCCACCGCGGACGCGCACCCAAGGGUGAGCGGACAGGGUGGAUCAUGCAUGAGUACCGCACCACCGAGCCGGGGUUCGAGUCUGGCGAGCAGGGUGGUUACGUUCUUUAUCGCCUCUUCCGGAAGCAGGAGGAGAAACCUGAGCGCCCUAGCCCAGAUGAAGUGGAUAGGAGUGGCUACUCGCCUACUCCUUCUCGCUCGUCACCUGACAACAUAGAGGUGAAUGAGGAAGCAAACACACCAUUAAACAGGGAAUCUCCAGAGUCUGGUCUGCAUGAAAGUCCGAUCGAGCUGCCAAAAUCUGUGGAAACCCAUGCCAUGCCGAUGACGAGGUGGCUGGCGGACAGAAAUGAUAACUUGGUGGCUACUACAGCGGAUGUUUCCCGUAUGCCUAUUAUUGGACAUGCUAAUGUACCUGAGGUUGAUCCUUCUGCUGGUGCUUCAGCUCAGUUCGUUCAUCCACAGAAUGGGAAUGGUGGUUUUAACAAUUUUGUGCCUGAUAUUGCCCCCAAUCUACCGCAUGGAAAUGCAUUCUUCUCUGAUUUCCAGCAAGGAGCUUUUGAUUUUGAUGGCAACAUGAAUCCUCCCGAUGCCCUCGAUGCUUUCUUGAACCAAGCACUUGUUGAUCCUGAUGAACAUUCAUCAACAACAUCAAAAGUUCAGUAUGACUCGGACAUUCCUAUGGAAUUUGAUAACCACGGGGUUGCACAGGGUGAAGAAUGCUGGUGGGCAAAUCUAGAUUUCGUGCUAGAUGAGCCAAACCCUCUGAAUUCUCAAUAUGAGAAUACACCAUUGCUUCAUUAUGACAUAAAUGACCAGGAUGUACUUUCGGUGGACUCUGCUGCUGAUUCCUUGCAUGAACUGUUCAAUAACAUGGAGGAUUCAAGUGCAAGGAGGGCUGGAACUGGGAUUUCUCUUAUGCCCCGGCAGUCACAGCCCUCUGUGCAGCCAAACUCCGUGUUCACUAACCAGGGCACUGCAACAAGAAGGCUCCGGCUACUGUUGCCUACUGAUUUGGAGAGUGGCGAGAGCAUAACUAGAGAUGAGAGUGAAGAUGAAGUAUCGUGCAUUGUAGAUGAAGUAUCGUGCAUUGUGACUCCGAACUAUGUGAAUGAAGCUGCAGAUAAGGAUGUGGUUUCUGAUGGAGAUGAAGCUGAGUCAACAGGGAUUGUUAUUAGAAGCCGGCCUGCUCCAAGUUCAAGUUCAGAGAGUUCAUUGACCCAACAAGGGACUGCAGUGCGAAGGCUGCGGCUGCAGUCACACCUCAAGACAGGACCAUGUCCGAGUACUGAUGAUACUUCAAGUUGCAUCAUCAAUGAAACAGAAAGUCACCACAAAGCAGAGAAAUCUGAGAUUGUAGAAGAUGCAAGUACAAACUUUGCUGAAACUGUUGAUGGUAUAUUGGACAAUUGCGGUGAUAGUGAACACAAGAACAUGCCUGAAAUUGUUGCUGAAACAGCUAUUCCAGAAGCCAAAUCAGUUCCAAGGCUGCGGAAAGCUUCUGAGAAGAGCGGGAAGGAUGCUAUCAAGCAGGAGGAUGGUCUUGAGCCCCACGUGAGAGCACCAGCUCAGAAGGGGGGCUUCCAACCUUACAUGGUCGGGCUGGUUCUUUCGGUGCCCCUGCUGUUGCUUCUCUGUGUCCGGGUGUAUGGAUGGAUAUGAAAGAUAAUCCCGGUGCAGUGUAGGGUAGUCAUGUUCUGCGCACUCAGGUUCCCAGUAUUGACCUGGUGGUGUGUUGUCAUGUGUACAUAACUUUGUCUUAACGGCAUGGGUUUAUAGGGCCGUAGUACAUCCUGUGUCUGUUCUCUUGGCAAGCAGAGUAAGCUGAAAAUCCAAAAAAAGAGGUAGCACGUUAGGAGGAAGAAAAAGAAAAAAAAAAGAACCAUUAUUAGAGGCAUAGUACUAUAGUAGUAGUACGUCCUUGUUUGUUUUUUUUUCCAGCUGUUGCCGCAGAUUCUGGUGAAUUUGUGGUAGCUGUUGUGUAGUUGCAAGCCAUGCCCUCGGCUGCUGGCUUUAUUUCCUGAUGUAAUGUAGCAAGACCCUGUUAGAUAGGGCGCUGAAUGUCUGAUGAACCUUGGUAAUGUCUUGUUAAUGUAGAUAGUCCGUGCAAAAGUUUCAGUUCCUGA